UUAGAAUAUACACAAGUAGUGCACGUGGUUUUUUUAAGUAAUGGAUUUGAUUUAUGCUCAUGUGUUUUAAUCGCUUUGUUAUUUUUACCAUUUUAUUGAUAUUACUAUAAAAAAAUAGCAAAAAAUGAUUGCCUCGAAGACAUUUGCGAUGAAAACGAAGAAAGGGAGUAUUAUGAAAAUUGUUCGUGAACAUUAUCUUCGCGAGGACAUUUGGUGUGGUUCUGAAUUAUGUUCUCAAUGCCAAGCAUCAACGCCUGUGUUGCAAAAGCAACCAAAAAGUCAGAGUGAACUCGUUAAGGAAUCACAUUAUAUUAUUCCAGAUACGAAUGUUAUUUUGCAUCAGAUGGAUAUUCUGGAAGAUCCGGUGUUUCAAAAUGUCAUAUUGUUGCAAACAGUGUUGAAAGAAGUUGCUCAUAGACAUUCAUCAUCAUAUUAUCGCCUGAAAAAAAUUUGGAGCAACAAAGAUCGCCAUUUUUAUGUUUUUAUAAAUGAACAUCAUAAAGAUACAUUUGUUGAACGUGAUAAAGGAGAAUCAAUUAAUGAUAGAAAUGAUCGUGCCAUUCGUACUGCAACAAAAUGGUAUAUGACUCAUCUUUGUAAAUAUUGUUCAUCUCAACCUGUGAAUAUUGUAUUUUUAACAAAUGACAAAGAAAACCUAGAGAAAGCUAAAGAAGAAGGUUUAAAGGCAUUUUCUGUUAAAGAAUACAUAAAUUGCAUAAAGCAUCGACCAGAUCUGAUGGACAAAUUGGCUCUUUUAUCAGAAGAAUCCAUUUCAAAACAGAUUGGUACUAAAGAUGAACUUUAUCCAAUGCAUUUGACAUUACAAGACAUCCAUGCAGGAAUUAAAAGUGGAAAAUUACUUCAUGGAAAAUUUCAAGCAAUGAGAGAAAAUGCAACCAAAGGUUUUGUGUUCAUUUCUGAUAGUGAUGAUGAGACAGACUAUGUAGUAGUUAAUGGAAAAAAGAACAUUAAUAGAGCAAUUCAUGAUGAUAUAGUUGCAGUGGAGUUGCUUUCUGAAGAAGAAAUGAAAAUAAUUUCUGGUGAUGUGAAGAGUUUAAAAGAAAAUAAACCUUUUGGUAAAAUUGUUGGUAUUAUCAAAAGAAAUUGGAGAGCAUAUUCGGGAAUUCUUGAACAAACUAGAAAUGAAAAUGAUCGAAAACAAAUCUUUGUUCCUUUGGAAAAACGAAUACCAAAAAUUAAAAUUGAAACUAGACAAGCCAAGAGAUUAUUAAAUAAAAGAAUUAUUGUAAGAAUAGACAGUUGGCCAAGAAAUUCUGCUUAUCCAUUAGGUCAUUAUGUAGAAAUAUUAGGAGAGAUUGGAGAUAAAAAAACAGAAACUAGUGCAAUUCUUAUUGAAAACGAUAUACCUCAUCAAUCAUUUUCUCAAGCUGUAUUAGAUUGUCUUCCUUCUUUACCAUGGCUGAUAACUGAAGAGGAUGUUAAAAGUAGAACUGAUUUGAGAAAUUUGGAAAUAUGUAGUAUAGAUCCUCCAGGCUGUACAGAUAUUGAUGAUGCAUUACAUUGUCGUUAUUUAAAAAAUGGAAAAUAUGAGGUUGGCGUACAUAUUGCUGAUGUCUCACAUUUUAUCAAACCUAGUACUGCUAUUGAUAAUGAAGCUGCUCUUCGUGGAAAUACAGUAUAUCUAGUUGAUAAGAGAAUAGAUAUGGUUCCAGAACUUCUCAGUUCAAAUUUGUGUUCUCUGAGAGCAAAUGAAGAUAGGUUUGCAUUUUCAUGUAUAUGGGAAAUGGAUUCAGAAGCAAAUAUAUUAAAAUCAUCUUAUAAAAAGACUAUUAUAAGAUCAAAGGUAGCCUUCACUUAUGAUGAAGCACAAUGCGUAAUAGACGACAAGAAAAAUACUAGUAAUUUAGCAAAAAGUUUGCGCAAAUUAAAUAAAUUUGCUAAAAUUUUAAAACAAAAAAGAAUGGAUGAAGGUGCACUUACAUUAGCUUCUAAUGAAAUAAAAUUUUCAUUGGAUGAAGAAACUCAGGAUCCAAUUGCGACAGUGGACAAACAAUUUCGGUAAA